ACUGUUUAUCCUGAUAUUGAAUUCCAGGGUGUCGAACAAGGCCCAUCACAAUCUGUACUCCUCACAAUCUGUUUCUCAGGCAGACUUCCAACGCAGAUUGUUGAACAGAAUAUCCCUAUUCAGAUUUCAAUUUCUUUCGCAGAAGACUUUACCUCGCCAGUUGUGGAGGCGGCAUCGAUGGAUCUAUGCUCCAGCACUAGGGAAGCAUCACAUUUGGAUGGCGAUGUGAGUCUGUGGUCCUCGCAUAUUUUGAAACUUGCAACUUACAUAUCGGAUAACAUCCAAAUCCCAUUCCUGCCGCUUCGACGCUUCAACCACUUUGACUGGACCAUGUGGGCAGUACUAUCGAAGAACAUUGAAGGAUGGCUAAUUGAUGAGGUCGAUUCUGAGACACAACUGUGGACUUGGGGACGUGAUGCUUUUUGGCUUGCCUUCAUUGCGGCAUAUCCAUUAUUCCCAAAGGGCAUUUGGCCGAAAUGGAAUCCCCGUAUUCCUUUGGAAGGUGUAUUCGUCGAGCGGUGGUUAGAACAGUCAGGUGAU